CUCCGCCGGGCCCCCAGAAGUUGCGACCGAAUUGCUGAGGCGGAUGAAGGGGAAGGAGAGAGCACGGUGCUACUUGUGAGCAGUAGUCGCCACCCUGACCGAUGGAUUGUCCCUGGAGGAGGCAUGGAGCCCGAGGAGGAGCCGAGUGUGGCAGCCGUCCGUGAAGUCUGUGAGGAGGCUGGAGUAAAAGGAACAUUGGGGAGAUUAGUUGGAAUUUUUGAGAACCAGGAGAGGAAGCACAGAACAUAUGUGUAUGUGCUCAUUGUCACAGAAGUGCUGGAAGACUGGGAAGACUCAGUUAACAUUGGAAGGAAGCGUGAAUGGUUUAAAGUAGAAGAUGCCAUAAAAGUGCUGCAGUGUCACAAGCCUGUGCAGGCGUCAUAUUUCGAAACGUUGAGGCAAGGCUACUCGGCCAACAACGGCACCCCCGUCGUGACCACCACGUACGCGGUUUCCUCUCAGACCCCCAUGUCGGGCAUCAGAUGACUGGAGACUCCGUGAGAGGAAUGGAAAUUGGAGACUAGACUGAAGUGCAGAGCUCCCCUCCCACCCCGCUCUCUCACAUCCCCUCACAGGCCCCCUCUUUUCCAGUAAGGCAUGAUGGGCAGCAAAGAAAGGGUUUAUUGAUAAUGUAACUGUUCGGUGUUAAGUGAUGGGGCUUUUUCUUCUCUUUCAUUGAGGGGGUGGGGUCGGGCGUGUAAUUUGUAACUACUUCGUGCAUGAUCUGUCCCUCCCUUUUGCAACCCUCCAGUUCUUUAAAGAGAGGCGGACCGCCUUCCUUCUACCUUGGAUUCUGAAAUGCUCCUGUUUGUCUCAUCCCAACCCUGGCCAGACACUUUUCUUUGAUUUUUAUUGUUAUUAUUUUUUAAUUAAAAGAUAAGAUGAGAUGAAACUUUCAGGAAUUUGUCCUGUAAUGUGCUGUUGAGUAGGUUGUUCACCCUCACUGCAGGAUGCAUUUAUCUACACAUUAUAUACUGUGCAUAUAAUAUGUAAAUAAAUGACUUUUAGAGUAAGAAUUUAAUUUUAAUUUUUCAAGAUUCUGUUUUGUUUUUUGCAUUUGGGCUGUUUCUGAAAUGGAGAACCUCGCAAUUAAUUUGCUUUUUGUCUUUCACACUAGUUGCUAGGCAAGUUUACCCUUGUCCUCUUUCUUUUCCGCAACCCUCAAUUGCAGUAAUGUAGGAUGUGGGAAGAGUUUCACUACCUUCAUAGUGCUCCCAGGACUCGUGGCCUUCUUGUGAAGCUGUGCUUUCAUGCCAAGAAAGAAAUGGGAAGAAACUUUUUUUUUUUUAACUACAGACCAGGAGCAAAUGGCCUCAGCCCAGAUCUGGAAAAACAGUGAUAAAAAUUGAAUUCCUCCUACAUGUUGACAGUAGGGAUUUGAACUGGAUUCUUGGGAUAACUAUCUAAAAAACUGGAGCAUCGAGCACCGUUUCUAUCCUACUGGUUUGGAAUUUUUCCACAAUGCUAUUUAUCGCCAACAACAGCCUCUCUCCUUGUGCGUCCACGCCUCACACCGUGCUGAACUGGAUAUUGUCCUUGUGCUCUGAAGCAUCCAAGUGUACUUGGCAAAAGCAGCUGUACAGCCCUGAGUUCCUGAAAAGUGCACAGGAGGAAAAUUCAGGUGUUUGCUUGUCUUUGUAAUAUUAUAGCAUUUGCAACUGCGCCGUGGAGCAUGCUCAGAAAUAUUUAAUUUGUCUGCCCCUGGGAAGUGAAAGAUCCAUCUAUCCUCUGCUAAGUGGUGUGAGAGAAUGCUUAGUCAUUUACUAGAACAGCUACAUAAUGCACUGGCUCGCUGCAAAAUGUCUUAAUGGUUUUGGUAGAGACUUCAUUUGCCAGUUGUGGUGUUUAGUUGGGAAAUAAGCAGAAAAGGGUCUUGAGAUGCGGCGAGGCCACUGAGAGGGGACCCCUGAUGCUACCCUGGCUGCAACGGGCGUUCGUGGCUCUCCUCUUAGUGGCACCUCCGUUGUCUAAGCAUAGCCAAGAUGUGGCAUUAAAAUCUUUUAUUUAAAAACGCCAAUAAAUACUCAAACUUUGAAAAGCAUCUGCUCUUCCCUCCCACUAAGAGAAACGUGUACAUCUGGUAGGCUUGUGGCAUUAUAGAGUUCGGCAUUUUGGGGACAUCAGGUGGUGGUGAGCCUUAAAUUUUGCUAAAGGCAGUCCCGAUUUGCAUCCAGUCUCCCGGUCUUGAAAAACAGUCAGAAAGUAGCACUGGCGGCUUCCUUGGGAUCCCGUCCCGCCUCACUCGGGAAAGUGAUAGCAGCACCAUGCUGGGGGUUAAGGCUCAUGUCCACUCCUAUUCAGGUCCUACUAAGAAGACAACACACUGCUGCUCGUUGCCUGGUUUAGGGCAUUCUGAGUUUCUGUUCAAAUAAAUAAAGAGGAAAAUAAAAUAAAUGAAGUAAAUGCUAAGUGGAAUCUCUAAAUUACGUUCUUCCAGAUCAGUUCUGCCUUUAUUAUAUGGGAUAAAAGUGCUUUGCGGGAGAACAGUCCGCCCUCCUGGAAAAGGAGCCACAGUGUUAGUAGUAAUAACACACAGUGUUAGUAGUGCAUUUUUUAUGAUCUGAAGAUGUUUUUACUGGACUGAUACAACAGCACACUACCCUAAAAAAUCCAAUUUGGGUUGUUGUUGGUGUCAUUGGGUCAGAAAAGUGAAGUGUGCCAAGAUGUAUUUUUUAGUGACAUGAAUGGAUGCUAUUUAAUGCAGUUAACUGAAGAGUGCUAAUGCCUUCUUAACUGACAAAAGGGGUUUUUGUCCAACACCAGAAUUGUUGCAACUGGUGCUAUUUUCUUUGCAGAGAUUCUGAUGAGCAGGGGCUGGUGUUUUUCCCUUCCUGGCACCAAAAACACCGGGGCUGUCUGUGCGGCUGCCUGUGUAGUCACAGUGCUUUUGUGAUAGUUAGACCCGUGGUUGUAGUAACCUUGAUCUCUCCCCUAAAAAAAGCAAGGAGAAACUAGAGAGAAAGCACAAAAUUAUCCUAUUUACAGAAUAUUUCGUUGACACCAACUGGCCCCUUUAUCCUGCUGGUUUACUGUACUGAGCUGCUGUGUUCAGAGCAGACGGAAGCGCCCUGCACACAGUGACAUUGAGCUGGUUAAUAGAGGCCGCUAUACUGUGUGUAGAGAAAGGUCUCACCAGGUAGUUUUUAGUUAAAAAUUGUUUUUAGUUUAUAAAUUGAACUAUUGCUGCAAACGCUUGCAACCUUUUUGGACCAGGACUACUUUCUCUCCCCCCUCCCAGCCUGUGUGUGUGUGUGUGCGUGCGCGCGUGCGUGUGCGUGCGUGUACGUGCGUGUAAAUGUACGUAAGAUAGAAGAGCUACCACGAGUCAGUAUGCUACAUUUCUUCGUAGCCUCCCAGAAUAGUGCAGUCCACAAGACAGGAGUCUGGAUUUUCCUGACAGCAAACAGGAUGUAAAAGUGAACGAGUUGACUGUUUUGUUUUUACAAGUGUCUGCUGCCCCCUCUGCCCCGCAUGGCGUGCACUCCCUCACUGCUGCGUCUGAGCUGAGGCCAUCUGGAGGGAUCAAAGAGCAUGGGUGUCAAAGAGUAUCACCCCCUCUGAGACCCAGGAAGGCCUAGAAGGAGGUGUCGCUGCAGGAUUUCCGCCUCCGCGGCCCAGGGUGCCGUGCUGUGGCGCAGCGGCUGUAGGCCACGCUGCCCCGAGGCGAGGGGGAGUCCAGAGGUCACUGCCCCUGGGCUGUUUCGCGGCUGUGUGGUGUGUUGCUACAUAGCCAAGUUCCUUCAUCGCAAAGAAGCUUUUCUGUUUUGAUGUUAGGAGCUUCUUAGACUUGCUUAGAAGAACUGUUCUACAUCCCGUCCUUCCCGUGUCUCCUCGCCACCUCAGUGUGCAUCGGAAGCUCCUGCUAAGCCCGCAGUCAGUCUUGUUGGACCCGGCGUGUGUAUUACACCUUGUCCUUUCACAUGUGUUAUGUCCAUCUCGUGCUAUAGUAACGCCCUUGGAGGCCUCACCAGGUGUUUUUUCAAGAACAGUUUAAUCCAAGACACAUUCAGUUUUUCAGUUCACCAAGAGUUUUAUAACCACAGUUAAAGUUUUGCCACAGUUGCGUGAUUUUUAAUAUUUCUGAAGUGUCCUCUAAGCCCAUUCUAGUUGAAAAUAGAUUUAGAAUUAGAAGAAAUCCUGGGAGAAGUCUCUGCUGUGUGAGGUGAAUUUGGCUUUUAAGAAAAUGAGGGUUUGCUGUACUUAAUGAUGUAGCUUCUCCCUGUCUCACCUGCAUUGAAAAAAUAAUGUCUUUAUUAAAAAAAAAAUGGAAGACCUGCAGGCCAGUUAACUCAAGCAGCUCUAGGGAGGGGAAGCUUAUUUGAUGGUGAUUAGAACAAAAGCAAAUCACUCUUUUAAUUCUUAUUCUUGAAGACUCUGAAAGAGACUUCGGUGCCCCAGAGCUGUGCCAUGCAUGCUGCCCACCUGAGUUGCAGUCACCCUUCUGAGCCCCGCUGGGGUAGAACCUGUUUGCCCAAGGCAGGGAGAGCUUUCCGGCCUGCAGCUGCUGGUGUUUGUGUGCUCAGCCUCAUUCUGCGAGAGCAGCUGCCCCUGGGUUCUGUGGUAAACCUUGGGGCAGAGGCCAGAGCACCAGGACAGCUGUGCUUCCGUGUCACUUUAACUGUCCCCUAAAGCAUGAGACAUUUUGAGAUUUUCAGGUAAAGUAUAAAAUGGAAGCAUUGACUGCAAUUCAUAAAAGAUCCUGUUGUCCAUGCAUCAGGCUGACUUUGGGUCACCUCAGGCCCUGGGAACCGGAAGAUGUUAGGCAGAUUCUCCUUUGGGAACCAGCGCCUUCUACUAGAGCAGCUUCACAUUUUGACCACAUUUUUGCAUUCACUGAUAACCUUUUUAGGGAGGUGAGAAGCCUAAUCCGGACAGCUAAGAAAACGAUACUGCUCACCAUUAGAUUAACCAAAUACUUUGUCCUCCCAGUCCCUCAAGUUAAUAAAUAAAAACAGAAAGAAUCCUGUUUGGUGUUAGUUUGGGGCCACAUGACUUUGUCUGUAAAACAUGAAACUUUUCAAAUGAAAAAGGCAUGUCUCUGCCCUAAAACUUUGUUUAUAGGGAGGAUUUGAUGACCCAGAGUGUGUGUUAGAAUAGGAGACGGCCUGCCCUGUGAGGGGAGCUCAAAGACAAGCCAUGGAUCCAGUAGACCAGGAGGGGUGCUCCGGGAGAAGAAAGUACUUUGGCUGGAAGACGAGAUAAAUUUAAGUGAUUGGGAGUCAUUGCUUCUGUUCCUUUAGCUAUCAGUUGUUUAGUUAAUCGCUGCAGGUUUCCUUUGCUUCACGUUCCAGCUAGUACUGAACAGGGGCCACUGGAACUCCCAAAGGCGUUUAGAACCCUGGAGAUAAACUUUAAAGGAUAAACUACAGGCAGCAUUGUUCAUCACCAUUUUGAUGUGCUUCCCAACAGCCAGGCCAGUUGAAGGUUCAAUUAUUGAGUCAGAGAACUUAUAUUCAGGCUCUGGCACAGUCUACGGCAAAAUCACCUACCACCUGUGGAGGUUAUCUGUGGGCUGUCUUCCAGAAAACAUCUCAGCAAUAUAAUGAAGUCACUCUUGAGGUGACUUCAGGUAUUUAGAUCAAAAUCUGAAGUCUCUGGAGAGGGGAGCAAGGAAAAAGAGUCUGGGGUGGGGGAUGUGGAAACCAGAAGCCUGACUUCCAGUGUUGCCCGAGGCUGUGCUUGCCACUGUAGGGUGAGACGAGUGUUUCAGCUCACCCCCGGGAGAUCUUUUUGCCUGCAGCUUACCUCUGUCUUUCUGAGCACCAAGUGCUGAAUUGAGAUAUUGACCCCAGGCAGCAAGAGAUGCAGUAGCUUCUCUCACCUUGUUUUCUCAUUGAAAACAGAGUUUUCAGAGUUAAACAUUGAUCUUUAACUUCUAUUUGUUGUGGGGAAAGUAUGUUACUAAUAAAUGAUCCAAAGAAGUUAUAGUUGGUGGCUCAGCUCCCGCAGGUCUGACUUCUGGCAGGAGAAGGAAAGGUCAGUCAUCAAGACGCUGGCACCAGAACAGAUAGGUCCGCUCCCUGCUCCACCCUGAGCCUCACGAGGGACAGUUCUGCAGUGAGGGCUUGGAGCGCUUCCAGUGCCCUGAGGUGAAGGGGGGCUCAUGGGGCCUUUGCUCAGCAAGCAGGAGUCUAGUGUUUCUUCUGAGAAAUGAAGGCGUUCUCGAGAGAACAGCAGCAGGACAGCGCACACACACCUGCCCUUUGGCCCCUUCCCACAUGGCUGAGAGUUCUGUUUGCUCAGAAUCCAAGGGCAUGCUCCCCUCUAAACUCUAAUUUGCUGCAGCUGUUUCAUGCGGCCCCUGAGCUCCAGUCAUGGAUGGCACAGACGUGUUGCAUGAGCAAGUCAACGAGUCCAGGGCCCACCGUGUAAUGUCAUAGUAGUUAGAAAAAUAAUUGGUCCACUCUGUUGUUAAAAAAAAAAAAAAAGGAUACAGUAUGUGGUGCAGUUUUAUAAAUGUUGGGUCGGUUUUUGUUUUUUCAUUGUCUGAAAACCUUCAAACCAAUUGAUAAGCAAAGAAAAGUUUGGUGUGUAGAACAAGUAAAAUUGUAGGCAUGCACCUCUCUUAAAGAAGCUACCGGUUUGCCAUGUCCUUGAGGAGGAAAGAGCACUUGAGGCUGUUGGGAGCUACUGUAAAAGUAAAGCAAGUGCUUCUGGCCUCUAUGAUAAACCCAAGUGUAUCAGAAAGAGGAAGUAGAAACCCGCUGGCAUCAUUUUCAGACUCGCUCUUGCCAGCCCAGCCUGGCUUCCAGGGACUUCGUCUCCCAUCCUGUCCAGUGAUUUUGCUAGAGACAGCAAGGCCUCAGCUCUGUGUCUCUGCUCUGCAGGGUGUGGUCUCCGGACAGCGUGUGUUCUACUUAACGGGGUUUUCUCUCUGUGGUCACCUCCGCUCCACCCACCUGCCAGAAAGAUUAAAAUCCCCAGGACCAUUCCAGUUCUAAAGCAGAUGGACUAGAUGUGCUUCCUCCCCUGCCACAGGUGUUCAUCCAAAUGCAGGCUCCCUUUGGUCAAGUUCAACAGGUAUUUCUAGGGAACUCCUUUGAUUGAGGCAGGUAGCCAGGAGGUAUGGAGAUUACCUUUUUCCAGAGCACGUGUGUCUGUCACCUCCAUACAUUUUAGCCAGGGCUUAACAUUUUAGCCAGGGCUUAACCUCACCGUGUCUAAUUGUGUCUCAGAACUGAGACAGAGCCGGUGGCCUGCUCCCUGGGGAUUACACACCAGAACUCUGUUAGUGUCUGUCCCUUUCCAUCAGGACCACCCAGAAACGCAAAUAGCCUUCCCAUCGUUCUGCAGCGUGAGUGUGUCAGCGGUUUGGGCAAGGUGCUGCACAUUUGUAGAGAACUCUCCAAGGACAGAAAAUAGAACCACUGGGCCGAAAACACAUCCUUGGGGAGGUUGGCAGAAGUGCGCGACAAAGCUGGAAUCCAAGGAAUAGCACUGGUACGGAAGGAGGGUCAUGGGCCUGGUAACCUCUUGGGACCCGGUGCUGGGUUAUGGAAAGGGAGUCUGGAGUCACACCGCCCUUUACCCCGGCCCAGAUGCACGCUGGCACUUAGGAGCUUGAACCCAUGGGCGCAUGGGCUUGUUUUACCCUUUCUGUGUUUCCUAAACCACCCUACUUGCUAUUUCCUGGAAGAUCAAGCCCUCCCUCCCCACAUGGGGCCGCCUGCCUGGCUUCUUCCUCAGUGACCAUGCACACGUUCUCAUGGGAGCUGAGGGGAGUGGACUGUGGUCCGGAGAAGGUGGCAGCAAACUGGUCCCUGCAUCCUCUUCUCAGGAGGGUGUGCUUAGGCUGCCUUCACAGUGCUUUCCCGUGGACACGGUUAGGUUGUGAAGGAGUACGGGAAAGAAGGGGGGUGGGCUGAGCCCUAGGCUUGGGUUUGAGACAGGUGCACAGCCGAUAGGCGCCCCCCCCCACCCCGCCCGGAAUAGGCCAGCAUGCAUGACCAUUCCUCCUCUGCUACAGCGCCUCUCGCAUGCUGGCAGCAACAGAAGGCAGACAGGCCCCUCCCUGUAGUCUAGGCAGAGCUUGGGUACUGCCCCGAAAGUUCCACCACCCCUGCGCCCACUCCUCUUUGUAAAAAGAAAUGCUUAAACCUGUGACCGUGCUAUUCCUUUCUAUGUGUUAAUCAGUUUCCUUCCAUUUGAGCUGUGUGGGAGGGAAGGGCAUUGGAAUUGUAGGUUGUAAUCUUGUGCCAACCAAUAAAAACCAGUAUUUCACACACA